GUCAACACGUGGGGUGGAGAGUGAUUUUCAACUGGGGUACGUUUGGAAAGAAAAAAAAAACAAAAAAAACAAACACUCAUUGUCAGUAUUCCUGUCAUCGUGGCGGCACUGGGACCCUAAAACGCUGUCUGUGAUGCCAUACUGGGGCACAGCAGGGAUUAAAUCUCCUUCACAAACCACAUAUAAAGAAUCAGUGAACAGUGCCAAUCUGCUACCAGGGAAAAAGGUGUAGCUGCUAGUGUCCUGAGGAAAUGCCGCUGAGGUUUCGCUCUGUUGUACCCUACACACUGCCUGGAGUUCUUGCACUAAUUGGAUGGUGGUGGUACAUCUCUCGAAAGAAAGAGCGGCUCAUCAGCCAUGACUGCACAGAGGGUACUCCAACCGCUGUGGAUCUUAGAACACCUUCAGCAGACAGUACCAAUGGUUUGGUUGAGAAAGGCACUGUAUCCUCCACAAAUGACACAGAAGGCUCCACUCAUAGACCUCCAAAGGCCAGUAACCAGAGGACACAACAUGAAUAUAUUUCACAGAUCCAUUUCCAGAACACUGAAGCAACACCUUCACUGGCACAAAGUUCUGAAGACAUCUCACCUAAAUUUGGGAGAAUGGGACAAGGAAUCCAUAGACCCCCUCAGUCGGCUCUGCCAUCACUUGGUAAAGAUGACAACUUAGAGGUUUCAUUGAAAGACCAGAAAGACCCAGAGAGGAGCUUGCCAUUUGCCUUGUCAACAGAGCUCAGCCUAGUGAAAGAUCCAGCAUCUGCUCCAAAAGAAGCUACAUUAGAAGAAAUCACUUUUUCCUGCCAUUCUACCAAAGUCACCAGCCCCUUUCCCACAACAUCACAGCUUUCUGAUGCAGAAAGACCAGACCCAGAGGGGGAAGUUGCAAAGAACCACAACACUAAUAAUACUCAAGAUGAAAUAGUUGGCUGUGUUCUCACCCCAGCCAAUGUAGAGAGGGUGGACCCAUCAGAAGCAGACUCUCUGGAUACACCCCUGCCAGUGCAGGAUUUACACCAACUGCUCAGCACACCUCCUGCCCCAGCCCUGACCUCUACAGCUCUAAGCAUUGUCCAAGAUACCACAACAACAGUAACACCAGAGAACAUUCGGGCACACAGCAGCCCUGGAGAGGAGCAUGAUCUUGAGCACCUUGCCGCUGGACUUAUAACUAAGGUUAUCUCGGCUGCCACCCAGGAAGUCCUCAAUGUCACACGUUGCCAGGACAACAGCCAACCAAGCUGCAGUAGCAGCACACCAGAGACUAGCAGCAGACUAUGCCCGGCGCUUGAGCCAGUCACAGCAACACAGCAGCACCAUCAUCUCUCAACAAGCCCUUCUCAGGUAGGCUGUGAUUGUAGAGAGGCAACAGAAAAAGAAGGGCAAGCAGUGCCUAAUGGAUGCUCCUCAUCUCCAGUAUGGAAAUCUGUUGAUGUCAGUCACAGAAUUCAUCAGACAAAUGCUGAUCAGAGCGGCCGCUGGUCAACACAGUCUCCCCAAGCAGUACAAACUGCACCUCUGAACAUUAAACUGAAAGGUGAUGAAGCUGCCCCACUGGCCGAGGACUCAGCCUGCAGCACCUGCCACUCUGAGGAUGGCAUUAGUAGCGAGGACCUUCACAGCAGCAUGUUUGACAACCAAAGUGAUGUGAUCCAGCUCACAGACCUCUCAACAAGAGUAGCUUCACAGGUUGAGGGGUUAGUUUUGUCUGUAACUGAAGACUCUAUGGAUGUGGUGUGUGAGAUAAAGGGGCUCAAUGCAAUGGGUUUAAGGAAUGGAGCUCAUGGGACAUGUGAAGUAGAGACAGAUCAAUCUGGAGGCUCUGAUGUGAACAGUAUGGACUCUGUGGAUAGCGGCUGCACUAUGGGUGCUGUAGAGAGUAAGGGCAAUCAUGUUGCCUCAUUAAGCUCUGAGCUCAUCAUCUGGGAGAUUGAGGUGCCAAAGCAUCUUGUAGGGAGGCUUAUUGGGAAGCAGGGUAGAUAUGUGAGUUUCCUAAAGCAGAACUCUGGAGCAAAGAUCUACAUCUCCACCUUGCCUUAUACCCAGGAGUUCCAGAUUUGUCACAUAGAAGGUACGCAGCAGCAGGUUGACAAAGCCCUGUUGUUGAUUGGGAAGAAGUUUAAAGACCUGGACCUGAACAAUCUAUAUGCACCUCCACCACCCCCACUUACAUUACCAUCACUUCCCAUGACAUCCUGGCUCCUCCUUCCCAGUGGAGUCACAGUUGAAGUGAUUGUGGUGAACAUUGUGUCAGCUGGUCACGUCUUUGUCCAGCAACACACCCACCCCACGUACCACGCCCUGCGAAGCCUUGACCAACAGAUGUUCCUUUGCUACUCCCAACCAGGCACCCCUGCCUUGCCCUCGCCCGCUGAGGUUGGUGUGAUCUGUGCGGCUCCCGCGGUUGAAGGAGCCUGGUGGAGAGCUCAGGUCAUCACCUUCUACAAAGAAGCAAACGAAGUGGAGAUCAGAUACGUCGAUUAUGGAGGCUAUGACAGAGUUAAGAUCGACUCACUACGGCAAAUAAGGUCUGACUUUGUGACACUACCAUUUCAAGGUGCUGAAGUAUUACUCGACAACAUUGCACCACUACCAGGUGAAGAUCGCUUUUCAGCUGAGGCCACAUCAGCGUUGGAGGAGAUAACCAGAGGAGUACCGUUGCUUGCACAGGUCUCUAACUAUGAUAAUGACACAGGCCUCCCGCUGGUCCACCUGUGGAACAUGGUUGGAGAGGAGGUUAUUUCAGUGAACCGUACACUGGCAGAGAGAGGCCUGGGUGUUUGGGUGGAUGGAUUUUGAACUCGCAUGGUCUGACACCACCCAACACCCUUGUGAUGUGGGUCCAGCUCCAUCAAACACUUCACUUGAG